AUGGGUCAAAUCAAAGUGGUGCCUCGGUUGAAACCUUUACCUUAUUCAUCCCAGGAUUUGCAGCUGGAGCUUCGAAAACCAAUUUUGAAUAAGCAAGCGGCUCUCGAAAGUAUCGAAUUCUACUCUAACGAUGACAAUCCAAAUAAUAAAAGAGCAUUCAAAUACAAACCAUGUCGUCCAAACCCUGCAUUCACCUCAAUGAUGUACUCUACAACGGAUUUCCCACCGUUCUAUUGCCGACUCUCAUAUUUUGAUAAGUCUCCAGGAAUAUUAGUCGAUGAGAAUUUGACCACUGCUACUGCUCUUCAAGGAUGGAGAAGCGCGCGAGCGAAUGCCGUUAUAAGGGAAGGCACUUGGUAUAUCGAGUAUAGACUCAUCAAGUCUAAUGAUGGAGAGAGUCAUGUUAGAUUUGGAGUUGCUAGAAGAGAGGCUAGCCUGGAAGCCCCUGUAGGGUUUGAUGGAUACGGAUAUGGAUUUAGAGACAAGUAUGGGCAGACGGUUCAUUUAAGUAAGCAGGGCAGCUUCCUGGAGAACGAUCAAUUUCAGACUGGUGAUGUUGUUGGGCUGCUCAUCUCAUUACCUGAUAUGAAGACGCAAAGGCGACUGGCUAGUCAGCAAGUACAUCAGCAAACAGUUGGACAACCCGAUACCGAUAUUCCUGUUAACGAACCCGUUGAGUUUGACAUUGUGCGCGAUCAAAUUCCGAUCAAAUAUAAAAAUCAGCUUUACUUUGAACAAUAUGACUACACUGCAUCAAAAGAAAUGGAGCAUCUUUUGAACCCUGUGACCGUGUUUGGAGAAAAAGCUGUGAGAGAUACGGUAAAUUUUGAGCCAUGCAAGCUUCCAAAUUCUUCAAUAACAGUCUACAAAAAUGGGAAGUGUUGUGGAGUUGCCUUCAAGGAUCUGAAUGCUUUUCUGCCGCCUGCUUCCGAACAGAAACAAGGCAAGGAAGUGAAAGGUAAGAUUCCUGAAACUAAAGAUGAUGGUUCGCUAGGGUAUUAUCCAAUGAUCAGCUGCUACAACCAUGGAAUAAUCCAACUAAAUACCACUCCGAACAUUGUUGUUCCUGAAGAUCUCAAAGACGCAAUUUCGAAUCGAGAAAUCAAACUAUACAGUGAAAGAUAUGAGGAGCGUGUUUUAGAAGAAUAUGUGUACGAUCUGGUGGAUGAGGUGACCAACGAGUAUCUGGACGACAUAGAGCGCAUGAGUAUACUUCAAAACUAA